GGGCCGUCUGUCUGCCUGGCCUGCUCUGCUGCGAUUUUUCUUUGUGUUCGCACAGAACAAUCCGAGAACGGGACUUCUGCUUCGUUGCUGUGUGACUUCUGUGGCGUGCGCACGGGAUUAGUGCGUUUUCAUCAGUCAUGAUACGGCAGCGAUCGUCAGUGAGGAGCCGCGGUUCAUCGUCUACGACGAUCAGUGACCCGCGGGAAAAGGUUAAGGACUGCUGCCGGAAGUUCGUCGCCUUCAUGUGUACGCAGGUUGGCGUUGGUGGCCUCAUCGUUGCAUACGCGCUGGUCGGGGCAGCCAGCUUCAUGUCGAUCGAAACGCAAGAACCGAACCCGCUGAUAGAGCACGUUAUAACGCUGCGUCGCAACUGCGCGGCCGAGCUGUGGGAUGUGACGGAACAGCUGAACCUGUUCAACAGCUCCAUGUGGCAUUACGAGGCUAACCUGGUGCUGAAGCGCUACCAGGACGACUUUGCCGAGGCGAUCCGGCGUGGCUAUGACGGCCGCUCGCCAGAAGAGGUGUGGAACUUUCCGGCCGCUCUGAUGUUCUGCCUGGCGGUGUUUACCAUGAUCGGCUACGGCAACAUGGUGCCGCGGACGGCGUGGGGCAAAGGCGCCACGGUCAUAUAUGCCACUUUCGGUAUCCCGCUCUACAUACUGUACUUUAUGAACAUGGGUAAGGUGCUGGCGUCCACGUUCAAGUGGCUGUACACGUGGUUCCACGAGUGUAGCCAUCGGAGCGAUGACGAGCUAGCCAUAGAAGAUGGGCUCGGUUUGUCUCCCCGCAAGCGCAUCAUCGUUCCCACCACUGCCUGCCUGUGGGUCAUCACCAUCUACAUCGCAACCGGCACAAUCAUGUUCGCCGAGUGGGAGAAGUGGACCUACCUCGAUUCGGCCUACUUCUGCGUGACGAGCCUGUGCAAAAUCGGUAUCGGUGAUCUAGUGCCGGGUGCAAACAUACUCGACUCGCAAAGCGGUAAACCGACAAAGCUGGUCAUCAAUUUCGUCUACAUGCUGCUCGGGAUGGGACUGGUGGCAAUGUGCUACAUUCUAAUGCGGGAGGAGGUGCGCAUCAAAAUGCAAGAGAUCAAGGAGGACACGCGUCUCUGCCUGGAGGAUCUGAGCGCAAAGUUUGCAAAAUGCUGCGGCACGAAGGACUCACAGUACUACAAUUAGCCCCUGAAUCCGGCACAAAAGACGACGGUAAACAAAAGCGUUCAUCCCCCCACAGUUUAGCUACCAAUUCCAGUCAGCCCAAGGCCGUGCUUCCGGUGGGCUGAACCAUUACGCUCUUUCUUCUCACUCACCCCCACACUUUCACACACAUGCGCGCGCGCGCGCCCGCGAUUAGUAUCUACAAUUAUCAGUUAAUAUUCGUUAAGCAGAAAGGACUGCUCUCAACAAACCUCAAGAGUUGAUCGUCGCUUAACUCAAACCGAUCGAGCGCUGGAAGCCACCCGGAGCCGAUGAUGAUUAUGAUUCACGAAGUGACUGUUAUGCUCCGGAACAGAAGCUGUCCGCACUCAAAAUGGCCGAAAAUGAAAAGGUUACUCACAUAUUGUAAAUACUUUGCACGGGUCUGGCUCAGUCCAUCCUGAGUAAGUUAGUUUCUAAAAUAUUAAUCAGAUCAUUAGUAGUUGCAUAUCUUAGGUUUUAAAAGUAUAGGAAUCAAGCAAAAAACUGAAUAAACUACUGGAGCAGCAUGCUGCGAAC